UGCGAAUUUAUUUCUAAUAAAUGAAAUACUAAUAAUCAAUAGACAUUUUGAUUUUAGACUAGACUUAUUUUGGAUAUUAAUUGUUAAAUUUAUGAAAAUGUUGUGUAGAUAUUGUGCGCAAAAUCCUUCUCCGGUUGGAGGCCACAUGUCUAUGAAAGGUUAUCUCGUUUCAACACAAAACUUAUGUGAAGGUUGUGGGCAAUUAAUUCCAUGUUUUAUGCCUGUUGAUAAACAAAACUCUAUGGCGGACAAUAAACAUGAGGCGCAAAAAGAUGCUGAGUCGAUAGAGUGCUCCGAGUCAACAUCAGGUUCUAGUAUAAGUACUCCAGAAUUAAUGCAAGCCUUACAAAUGAAUAAAGAUCUUCAGCCAUUUAAAACUAAUCAGCAAUUGACUGUUGAUGACGCUCGGACACAGUUUAUAGACACUGCCCAACAACGAGAGCACCCACCAGAAACAACAAGAAAAAUAUCUCAUAUUCAUGGAUUCAAUUCAAAAUUAUUUGCCGAUAUUGAUACUACCGGAUUUCCUCGUACCAUAUUCACUUCAGCCACACAAGAGAAUGAACCAAAGGAUCUCAACAGCCCAUCAAAACAAUUGGAAUUGAAUUUAAAUCAAGCAACUUUGUGUAAUCCUCAUGCCACACUUAUAAAACCAGGACUAGUUAAGAAACUUCGUGAUAAAAUAGAAUAUGGAAUUAUUCACGACGGACCGAGAAAAUAUAGUGAAGUCAACACCUUAAAUUUAGACGAAAAUCGCGCAAUUUGCUUAACGAAGUCAAUCCAAACACAGGUUUAUGAAAAUGAGGAAGCUGUUUCUCUUACUUUAAAUGGUUUGGGUAGAAACGCAUUUACUAGAUCCCAAAGACCCACUACUUUAUUGCAUGGUGACCAGAAUGUCCAUAAAGUAAUGAGAAGUACAAAUACUACAACAAACGUUCAUAUGAAUAAGAAUGCCAAGAAUAUUAAUGCAGUGAAGUGUGAGAAAAAAAUGCCGGCGUCAUUGUAUGAGGAGUUGAGCGCCGCUGUUAAAUUACAUGGGAGCAGACAGAUUGACAAAAACCGACAAACCGAAAACGUCUUUGUGUCAUCUAACUUAGCGUCAAACUCAAAAAACGCGCAGAAGGAUUUGUCAGUAGGCAAGAACUCAACAAUUGACAAUAUUACAUCUAUUAUUCCAGAUGUGAAGGAUUCGCCAGCCGGUAGCACAGCACUAUUAAAACUGAAAGACCAGAAAGUACCUACUGCUGACCGCUUUUCAAAGAACUCGUGUUAUGAAAAAGGACAAAACACAAAUCUAUCGGCACUUCAAAAGGUGUCGGAAUAUAAUCAAGCGAACCCCAACUGAAGAGUUUUAUACGAUGUGAAUUGUCUAUAUCGCACAUAUUCUUAAUGCUUUUAUGAUAUAUUAAGUACCGUAACUAGUUAUAAAAAUGCAUAGUUUGAUUUGAUUAAUAA